GUCUUAUCUUUGGUAAAGCGGUAAAAUGGUUUAUUUACUUUAUUUGUUAUUUAGUGCUUCAAAGAAUAUAUAAAGGGCCAUUCGACUCCUUAUUCCACACAUCGCCUCGAUUCAGGGAAGGGUCCUCCAGCAAUUUGACGGUAGACUUAAACCAGUAUCAAACAAGAAGUCUGUGAAAAAAUGUACAGCAACGUUGAAAAGGUUGCAUUCGUUAUUUUCUUGAUGGCUGUGCCCUUGUCGCACUGUAACACAUUACGAAACGCAUUCACGGAAGAGGAUUUAACUCCUAUAGUAGAAAAUCUCAAAUGGGACGACAAAGAGGAGCAAACAGCCAUGGCAGAUAGCUUCCACCAAGAGAGGUACGAAGACAACACCUCAACGGUAUGCAAUGACAUGAGAAGUGUUCAGGAGGAGCUGAGAAAAUGUUGUCCAAAUGGCUGUCACAUUUUCGUCAGCAUAACUUGUAAAUUAAAAUUUUGCGGAAGAUGUAAAAAUUGA